GGGCCUCUUGAAGGGCGUACGUGAGACUAGGACUACUUGACACAAACUUUUUCCUUGAAAAAGUAUCAACUCACCCAUACGUGACUGAAAAUGAGGCGUGCAGACCCGUGGUCUUGGAGACGCUCGCGUUCUUACACGACGUGCAAAUGAUAACGAAGGAGGACAAGGAUUUUCUGAUACCAAAGAUUGCCCGCCCUCGAAUCCCACAGGACAUUCUGUUUGCUAUUGGUGGGUAUCGUGGCGAAAGUCCAACAGCUUUGAUUGAAACUUACGACACACGAGCAGACCGAUGGAGUGUGAUGGAGGAGGUUUACCAGAAAGAUGAGCGAUUUUCCCAUGGCACGGCCUUAGUGGGUUUCAACAUUUAUGUCAUCGGUGGUUCGAACGGCAACAGAGCCUUAAGCUCAUGUCGCUACUUCAACGUUGUUACGAAGACAUGGCAUCAGGUGGCGCCUAUGCACGAAUGCAGAUCUGAGGUAACUGUGGCAGUUCUGGGAGAGAUUUUGUACGCCAUGGGCGGUUGUGGUCUUCUUCUUCUUGAGGAACAGAGAACAGCGGAAAAAUAUGACUUUAAGACAAACCAGUGGUCUUUGAUCGCUCCUAUGAAUAUGGACCGAUGCGAUGCAGGUGCGGCUGUGCUAAAUGACAAAAUAUACGUCGCUGGUGGAUGUGGGAAUUACCUUAUUUUGAGCACGGUGGAAGUGUAUGACCCGGUCACCGACCAAUGGACAUUCGUUGCGCCAUUGCAUUCUGAACGGUCCAGUCUUCGUUGCAUCGUCUUCCACGGCAUUCUGUACGCCCUAGGAGGAUUCAACGAGGUAUCACGCUCACUCAGUGCCGAAAAGUUUGACCCUGCAGAAGACACGUGGACCGAGAUCCAUGAUAUGUGCGUCGCACGCCAGAACUUCAGUGCACAUGUGAUCGACGACACGAUCUUUAUCAUCGAUGGAUAUCAUGGCGAUGAGACCAUCUUCAGUGUCGAAUGUUUCAAUUCCAAGAAAAAUGAAUGGUACCAUGCGACAGAAAUGAAUGUCCGUAGAACAGGUAUGUCGAUCUGUGUCGUCAAGAACCUACCCAAUGCAAAAGAUUACGCCCACAAACACAGGGACGAAAUAAUGGAGAAGAUACGUAAAAAAUUGUUGGCUUGGGAAACUCAGCGGCAGCAAGCCUUUGAUUACAACCUCGACGAACACACAAAAUUUAAUCACAUUCCUCAAGAAAAUAAUGAAGAAAACUGGGCUUUGAUGUAAGAACCAAGAGAGAAAUAAAGAGAAAUAUCGUUUGCAGCAAA